AUGAUGGAAGCUAAAGACCACCUAAUCAGAAUUGGGAGAGAAGAUGCUGAAAAGCUCUUCCACAAGAUGAGUGAAUUUCAUUUGACAGAAAUUGCAUUUGCGGACACACGGGAGCUGCAGGUCUUGCACUUCUCACUCUUCCUGGGCAUCUACCUGGCUGCCUUCCUGGGCAACGGACUUGUCAUCACAGCCGUAGCCUGCGACCACCGCCUCCACACCCCCAUGUACUUCUUCCUCCUCAAUCUCUCCCUCCUCGACCUUGGCUCCAUCUCCACCACUGUUCCCAAAUCCAUGGCCAAUUCCCUGUGGGACACCACAGCCAUUUCCUACUCAGGAUGUGCUGCCCAGCUCUUCCUGUUUGUCUUUUCACUUGGAGCUGAGUGUUCUCUCCUCACAGUCAUGGCCUAUGACCGCUACAUUGCCAUCUGCAGACCCCUGCACUACAGGACCAUCAUGGGCAGCAGAGCUUGUGUCCAAAUGGCAGCAUCCGCCUGGGCCAGUGGUUUUGUCAACGCUCUCCUGCACACUGCUAACACAUUUUCAAUACCACGCUGCCAAGGCAAUGCAGUAGAGCAAUUCUUCUGUGAAGUUCCCCAAAUCCUCAAGCUCUCCUGCUCAGAAUCCUACCUCAGGGAACUUGGACUUAUUGUGGUUAUUGCCUGUUUAGUCUUUGGGUGUUUCAUUUUCAUUGUGCUGUCCUACGUGCAAAUCUUCACUGCUGUGCUGAGGAUCCCCUCUGAGCAGGGCCGGCACAAAGCCUUUUCCAUGUGCCUCCCUCACCUGGCCGUGGUUUCCCUGUUUGUCAGCACUGGCCUGUUUGCCUACCUGAAGCCCCCCUCCCUCUCCCCCCGAGCUCUGGAUGUGGUGGUGGCUGUUCUGUACUCGGUGGUGCCUCCAGCAGUGAACCCCCUCAUCUACAGCAUGAGGAACAAGGAGCUCAAGGAGGCCCUGAGGAAAAUGAUUCAAUGGGAAUGA